CUCCCCCUCUUCCUCGGGGGUGGUUCCAGGGAAAGGAAGGCGGGGAAGAAGCCCCGAGAAGCGAGGAAAGUGCUUUAGCAGCCCUUGGAGAGAGAACGAGGGCCGCCUAAGAAGCCAAAAGCAGCUCAAUACAGGACGCAACGCAGGCUGCUGCUUUGCAAAGUCGGAUGCUUUUUUCAUUUUCAGGCUGCUCCAAGGGAAAAGCUUUGGGCCCGUUUGGCCGGUAUUGCAGCGAUUUGGGACCGGAUUUUUGCUCCUGCUGGGGAGGGCGAAGGAUAAGAAGGAGAAGGAAGUGGGGAAAAGUGGAAGCGGAUUGGAAAUGGUGAGAGCAGGAAAUAUUCACGCCUCCCUCUAAACUCAGGCGGGAUUUCUCCUUUGUUUGGAAACUUACAUUGCAAAGCUACAGCUAAAAAUAAUCUGUCGCCAGGCUAUACAGAUCAACAGGCGCCUAUGGAAAGAUGAUGUGAUGUUGGUGUUUACUUUCAGCUAGGAUAAUGGGCCCACUAAAACUUUGCCGUGUGAUACCAACUGCUCUGAAAGAUAAAUGAAUUUGGAGAAAAUCUAAAUUAACUAAUGAUUUCUGAAAAUAUAAGAACUAACAACACGAUGGACUGGAACAUGAGCUCAUCUGACUCCAACUUGCAGGCCAAGAAAUUUGAAUUCCAGGGUCUACCUUUGGAACAGCAAUUUUCUGCAACACAUGGCUUUUCUCAAGACCAUGCACCUACUCAGAAGAUUUGUGUUUAUCCUGGAAAUAACCAAACCGUAAAUAGUCCAUCUAAUCCUAUGACUGCAAAAAAGCUGCCUUUACACAAUACUGGAGCUACCAGUGCCUUACAGCCAAUCCAUCCUAGUUCGAAACGACCAAUAGCUGCUAAAGGUUUGACUCCAUCUUUGUCACUUGUCCAGAAGACACCUGGCGUCAUUCAGAAUUCAUUUGUGGUGGGAACUGUAUUACAUGGUAGUACUGGAAAUCCUGUACAAACUAUACCUCAACAAAGAAUGCUUCCAUAUACAGUUUUGGGAAAUUACAAUAAUCAAUCCCCACAAAUUUGUUCUAAUUCUGUAAGAACUCCAGGAUAUCGGCAAGUUUGCAAAAAUAAUUUGUCUCCAAAAAACCCGGCAGCAGUUCAAUAUUACGUGAAUGGAACUGUCUCUCAGAUGGGUGCCGCAGUCCCUCUUAAUUCUUCACCCAGCCAUUAUUUACAUUCUCAACAGAACUUUUCUUGUGUUAUUCUCCCUGUUGGACAAAAUAAUCCUAAACAAAUAAAUGGCCAGAAUUCAAACAUGACAGGAACUGUACAGUCACAGCAGUAUGCUUCUGAUCAUAUAAAUCCUGCACCGUACAAUGUAUCUACUUAUAAUCACAACAGAAAUGCAACUCAGAUUUCACCAUGCAGUGUGCCUAAUCAAGUUACCAAUAAAAACCUGCAAGCACCACCACCCUAUUCUGCCCAGCCUAUACAAACCAACUAUGGACAGUUUCCAUUAUCACAACCAGUUGCAAAUACGUCUGCUGAAAACCUGCAGAAUUAUCAUAAUCCCAUACCAAAUCUAAAUGGUACUUCAUAUUCUGCUUAUUACAACCAGAAGGGCCAAAUCUCUAGAGAAACAAAUACAGUGGGGAGCACUGCCUAUAAUAUAAGUGAACAAGGAUCUGAAAAUCAGCUUUCUAAUGAGCCAAAAAAAUCAUCAGUUGAUUUCUGGGAGAACCCGUUAAACAAUGUGCAAGCAGCAAGAAUAGGUUGUGCUGAUGGAGCCUUAACACUACGGACAAGUCAAACUUCAGAACCACCAAAGAAUCUAAUCAGUCAAGAAAACCUUUCUAUAACAUCCUCUAACAAUAAACCUAAAAUAACAAAAGAGAGUCUAGAAGUGGAUUAUAAAAAACUUCUGAAAAUAGAAUAUGCCUUGUUAAAGCUUGGGGAAAAUUAUAAGAGAAAGUGCAAAAUGUUUCUGUCUGCAGAACAGAACGAACAGGCUGCUGCUCACAAUCAAAAUCUUAACCAGUCUUCUCCUGGUAAUGUCACUCAGAAUCAGCCUUCACAUGUUGCCAAUCCAGCACUACAGUUUUCUUCACUUGAUGCCACUCAGAAUCAGUCAUUUUCUCCUGCUUCCUGUGAUUCUAAUCAGAUUAAAGAUAUUCCCUUAUUACUAAAGAACACAGAUGCUCACUUAUUGCCAGUCCUACGGAGUUUACUUCAAGGUACUGCUGAUGAACAUAUGAUACUUAGUUCUUACUUCGUAAAAGACAGUACAGAUCAAAAUAAACAAUUGGCCAUUGAUGGAAGCUCAUCUGGCAGUAGUGGUAAAUCUGAAUACAAUAUUAAAAAUCCUGUUAGCACUCCUAGUCCAAGAGCCCAACUAUCUCAAAUGAAUCCUACCCAAGAGCCUUUGCCACACAUGAAAAAUAAUCAUGCAUUUAAUAAUUUUAAGAUCAACAAAGAUGCAAUAGAAGCUCUUCGUCAUCUCUUUAAUCGCAAGCCUCAGAAUUUAGUUCAAAGUUCAGCUACUUCAUGUGAGUCUUCUUCAUCAAUAAACAAAGCAGUAAAAGAAAACUCUGAAAUAUCCCAUCAAAUGCCACCCAUAUGUCCUACAUUGAUGCAAAAGUCUGUGAAAAACAUUAACAUUGAGAGUGAACAUGUUUCUGAUGCAUCUAGUUCAGCUGUCCAGAAAGAGAACCACAUCACCUCUGCAGAUUCAUGUAGAAAUGGAGGCGUUUGUUCUUGGGAGGAGCUCAAAACAAGUCUUGCUUUAUGGAAGAAGAGUCUUCCAGAAUCUCUCAAUGAACAGACAUGUGAAAGUACACAAUCAUCUGUUGGUUUGCCUUCCGCAGAAGGUGGAAAAGGUUAUAAAAUGAUACAAAGUUUGCAAAACCACACCAACGAAUAUAUUCAGAAUGACCAAACUCAAGUUACAUUUGAGUCAAAUGGGACAGCUCAGACUUCUGUUCCUAUAUCUCGAAAGACCCAUGAAGAUGCAAGUUCCAACCUGCUAAAGGGUGCUGAACCACAAGUAGCUAUCGUUACUCCUUUAAUGAUGUCAAAAGACUAUGUUCAAAUUGCUGUACAAAAUAAUAACCCAGUAUCACAAAAUCUUAAAGAGAUACAAGACACAAGUUCUUCACCAUCUGAGCCAAUUAAACACUGUGAAGAUUUAGAUAUAAAUCGUAAAGAAAACAUAUCAAGCCAAGAUAGUGGCAUAGUCAAAGUUGAAACUCAGAAUAGCUGCUGCUUUGAGCUAGGUCAAGUAAGAAAUAGUCACUCUCCUCCAGAAUUAAAAAACCUAAAAUCCGAACCGGAUUCAGGAGAUUACUUUCCACCUGACAACCAAGUUUCUCAAAAAUGUGUACUACCCCAAACUAUUUCAGAUUUGAUAGAACCAAGAGAUAAUGAUGAAGUUGUACAGAAUGACACUGUCUUACAAAUAUCCAGCGUGUGCAGUCUGGUAAAAGGUGAUGCAUGUUACAAUUCCCAGAUCGCUAGUAUCUUUAGUACCAGUCCUUUGACAUCUACCAUGGAAAAUGACACUACUUUGAAUGAUAGUGUGCCCUCUCUUCAGUGUAAAGAUCAGCAGCCUGUUAUUCUGAAAACUGAACCUGAAUCUGAAAUAAGCAUAAGUGUUACAGAGAGAAAUACCUUGUUACCAUCACCAUCCACUUUAACAAAGGCUGUUAACAACGCAUUAAAACAAGUACCAGCUUUAGAGAUGGAUCAAAGUUACAAGACUGCAGAUGAGAUGAAUGAAAGAAAUUAUGAGGAAGGCAAGAAAAAAGAAAAGAAAAGUAUGCCUUUUCCAGAAAAUAAGCUUGAACAAAAUGUAUCUGGUAGUGAUGUUUAUAUUUCAGAUUUCACCAGUGAUACCCAGGAAUUAUAUCACAAUAAAUAUGACCAGCUCAGUUCUAGUGUUGCAUAUGGCUUGGGUGGUAUUGGCAAAGAGGGUACUGCUGAAGAAAGUAAAAAACAAGUACCAGCAUUAGAGAUGGAUCAAAGUUACAAGACUGCAAAUGAGAUGAAUGGAAGAAAUUCUGAGGAAGACAAUAACAUAGAAAGUGAAGGAAUACCUUUUCCAGAAAAGAAGCAUGAACAAAAUGUAUCUGGUAGUGAUGUUCACAAUUCAGAUUUUGCCAGUUAUACCCAAGAAUUGUGUCAAAAUCAAUAUGACCAGCUCGGUUCUAGUGUUUUAGGAGGUGUUGGCAAAGAUGGUACUGCUGAAGAAAAUGAAAAACAAUCUGAAAGCAACACGGAAGCCCCUGUAACUUUUCUAAGUGAUCAACUGGCUGAACUUUCAGAAGAAUUUCCUUAUGGACUUGGCUAUUUGAAGACAUUCAGUGAAACAGAAAAUAAUGAUCCUGUGCCUAAACUGAGUGAUCCUGGAAAUAGUGGAAACCUUCAGAGCUCAGAAAAAUUUCCCAAUUCCUCUGACGCAAUAGAUCAAAUUCAAAUAAUACUGGACUCUCAACCGUCAAACAAAGUGCUUUCUGAAGACAAGCAACACUUCUCUAACAAAUCAGAAAACUCUGAAAGUGGUUAUCUCAAAACAGAUUCAGAACAUAAGUUGCCAAGAGAGAAUGUUAGCCUGAAAACUGAUCAGGCUAUAGAUAUUGAAACUGGAGUGACCUCAUCAGAAACACCUUUAAGAAGAGAAAAGCAGAUAUAUUGUUGCUUACAAGGUUGGCUGGCUUCCUCAUGUGCAAUGGAGCCUUGUACAUGCAAGCAAGUUAAAGAAUCUGAUUCCAAGCAAGAAGUGGAUCUUUGUUUACAGUCUGAAACUACAGUGAAAGAUAGACCAAAAGCCAGUGAAAAUUGUAAUGUUGACUUUAGAUUAAAUAAUCAAUUGUCAAUUUCUACGUUGGAUACAGUUGCCAAGAACCUUUCUUCAGAAAUGCAAUGUGACAGAACCUUGAAUAAGAUUUCUGGACACACAAAGGCAAAGGAAAACAAGCCAUACACCAGAGAUCAAACAGCUCCUCUACUUCCAUCUUCGGAAAAGCUAACUUGGCCAAAACUUGAACAAACUAAUGUGCACCCAGAGAAAGAGUUGUUGCACCAUGUACCUUCUCUGCCCUUAAAGACAGAAAUGGAAGCAGUUGAAAUAGAUAUGAGGCGAGACCAUGUAGACGCAAGAAGGAAUUCAUCUACAGCUGAAGCACAGCAUCUUUCAAACACAGAAGAUGUAAAUGCUAAAAAUCUCUGCAGAUCUGACUCCUCUAGCAAACAAAGAACUGAAAAACGAGAUGUAAAAUUAAAGACAGAUGCUGUUCGACACAGACCUAUAAUAAAUAGACACAAAACAAACGGCGAAAGAUAUAAAAUUAAGUGGGACUCUAGUGAAACGCACAUGAUUAAGGGACCCAUUUCGAAUAAGAGUUUGAAAAGACAAAAGGCAAUGGAAAGAAAGCGUAAAGCUUUGGCAAUCCACUAUAAUGAUGCCAUAAAUGAUUCAAACGUAAGUGGUAUUGGCUCAGAUUUUAAGAAGCAUGAGAAUCCCCAGUGUAUGCCUACCUCACAUUCACAAGAACAUUUAAAUGGAAAUAAAUUUAUAUUAGAUUUGGGGAAAAAAUUUGGAUACAAGAAAGCAAAACAUAAAGAACCAACAUCUUCCGAGUCUACUGAUCGCCAUUCUGAGAGUACCGAAAACCAUUCUGAGUCCACUACACCAAAAAUUAAAAAGGUAAAUUUGGAAAAAUAUGCUUAUUCAAAAGACAGACAGAAUGCUUGGAAAUGUAGAAGUUCUCAUUUAGAGAACAGCAAAACUCUGACACCACAAAAACAAUGGAUGCAACCCCUCAAAACAUCGAAAAUGCUUUCUCCAGGCAAAGAAGCAAUGAUAGAUGCGACUAAAAGAGAAAAGAGGGUUGAGAGAUCUCUUUCUGAUAAAAUGUCUUGUUUUAGUAGAAGAACUGGUAAACUGUCCAUAUCUCUUCAUAGGGAACCAAAAAAAACCUACUUGAACCGAGUUGCAUUCAAACGGACAACGCACAAAACUAUUUGUCUAACAAACCUAGAACCAUGGCAUUCUAGAUCAGAUUGGCAAGUGAAAUCAAGUAGCUUUUCUGGAUGGUCUCAAGAUAACAGCAAAAGCGGCUCAUCUCCCCAGAAGCCUGAAGAAGACAAACCAUCAAUUCAGUUCAAAACCUGCCCAGAUAUACUGUUUAGAAAUCCAGUCACUGAAGAACAAGUAUUAGAUGAAGAAAACCCUUCUGAGAAAGGCAGAACCCCAGUCACAGCUAUCAAAAGUAAAAGAGAAGAUUGGAUAAUGGAUGCUCCUGCAAAAAGGAAAAAAACAGAGGAAAAUAAACCUCAAGUUGAUGAAGAAAUCCCACUUGAAACUGCAAUAAAAUUACUGGAAAGAAAUGAAACAUUUGGUAUGCCUCUGAAGGAAACAACAUAUGAGACCUAUAGGAAAAUGCACCUGGAAAAAAACAGAAGCUUGGAUAACAGUCCUGUGACUUAGAUGUCUGUAAAUUUCAGCAAUUCCUUGAGCAUGUUUCCUGGAAGAUACACGCUUUCAUCUUAUUUCUCCGAAGCCAUCAGAACUUUUAUAUAUGUAAUAGAAUGUGACUGAUCAAUUGGAAACUGUAGAAAUAAAGUUAUUGAAUAUUUCUACAUGUUAUAGGUUUUGUUAAUAUUCAAAAUAUGUUUCCAUCUAUUUAAAUUGUUGUUUUUUUAAUUGUAACACAUCAAAUAUGUCAUACUAUCCAAUUGAUAAACACUUUCGGUGUUUUUCCAUUGUAAUUUCAUCAGGAUGAGAGCACUGCCACCCCAAUGAUAACCCAGGAAUGUUGGCCUGGCCUCUUGCCCCUCAUAUUUUGUAUUUCAUGUUUCCUUCUUUUGGGGAGGGGGGAGGGGGAGGCAGUUGAAUAAUCAACAAAAGUAGCCAAGCCUCUGCAGUAUUUAUUGCAGGCUUUGGGGACUAUGAAUGCUGCUACCCAGUUUAUCUGGUUCAUAGACUUUAUCAGAAAGCUGCCUUUUAUAUUGUGUUUCAUUUCAGUUAUUUGAUAUAUGAAUUUAUGUGUGCUGUUUCUAAUUAAAGAAUGCAAAGGUUAUUGUUACAUAUUUGUACUCUGGUUAAAAUGUUAAUGGAUUUGGAAACCCAACAUUUUGACCAAAACUUCAUUGAGGGUCCAGAUUUUAUUUGAAUUCUCAUUCAGUUAUUUAAGUUGUACACAUCUUUCCAUAAGCUAUAUUAGCUCACUAAUUCAAAUUUGUGCCCUAGAAACUGUUAGGCUGUUGAGUAUUCUUUCAUAAGUACAUUUUGUAUUUUUUUGGUAUUUUGGAAGUUAUUUUGUAAUUUUGUGGCAUUUGUAAAUCUGUCUUUUUGCAAUGUACAGUUGCACGCAAAUGCACACAAGAAUAAUAGAAUUAAAAGCACAUUUAUUUUUC